ACUAAAUUUUAGGUUAUGUUAUUCGGUGUCAAAAACGUGUCAAGGACUGUUACAAAAACUAUUUUUUGCUGCAUGCACGAAGUGAUUUCUAUGUUUCGAACAUAAACAGUCCGUCAUCAGAGCUACAAACCAAAAUGUCUUUCGCGGAAGUGUUCAACGAGUUUAUUCACAUGGAGCCCCCUCUCGAGACCAUCUACACCGACCAAGACCACCAGUACCAUGACCCCAUCAGGCCGCAGCGUUCGUCAUUCAGGUUUAACUGUGAAAAUGCCAAAAUUGAAACGUAUUUCUGCAAGGAUUGUUGUUUUUGUACACAACUAAGAUUAAUGUACAAACAACACCUUAAACAAUGUCGUAGUAUUAAAAAUGGGAGUCAAGAUGUAUCAACUGAGGAAAUCACCAUUAACGAUUACGUUUGUGAAAAAUGUGGCUUUGAAACCCACUUCUCAUUAAAGUGGCUUCAACAUACCAUCACGUGUUCAAAUAAAGAAAAGUGUCAGCCAAUAGUGUUGGACGAGAACACCACAACUAACAUCACGUGGUACAAGUGCGACCACUGUGACUAUAAAUGCAAACACAAAGGUUACUUAAAAGUACACAAAACGUUGAAACAUUUGAGUGACGGUGAAGUACGUUGGUACCACUGCACGAAAUGCCCCUAUAAAGCCAAACAAAAAAUGUAUUUAAAGAAGCACAUGAACGUGCGACAUAUGGACGAUCAGAAUUUUAAAUGGUACGAAUGUGACAAGUGCCCAUAUAAAGCUAAACUGAAAUUUAGCUUGAAGAAACACAUAAUUGUAAACCACUUAGACGAAAAAGAUAUUAAAUGGUACAUAUGCGACAAGUGUCCAUAUAAAGCUAAAGUACGAGCGACGUUACGAGAGCACAUAAUCGCACGACAUUACGACGAACAAGAUAUUAAAUGGUAUCAAUGUAAAAAGUGCCCCUACCGUGCCAAACAGAGCUGCCAUUUAAAAAGUCACAUAAAUUCGCUUCAUUUAGACGAGCAAGAAAUUAAAUGGUAUGAAUGCACCAAGUGCCCAUACAAAUCUAAACGCAACUACAAUUUAAAAAACCACAUAAAAGCGCGCCAUUUAAUUGAAAUGGAAAUCGAAUACUACGAAUGCAAAAUGUGCCUGUUUAAAGCUAAACGGAAAUUCACUUUGGAUAAACACAUUGUUGCGUGGCAUUUGGACGAACGGGACAUUGAUUGGUAUGAAUGUGAAAAGUGCCCGUACAAAUCUAAACAAAAAAGCAAUCUGACGAUGCACGUGAACACCCACCAUUUAGACGAAAAGGAUAUUAGAUGGUACGAAUGCCAGAAGUGUCCAUAUAAGAGCAAAUACAACGCGCAUUUGAAAAUACACAUAAACACGCGACAUUCCGAGGCACAGGAUGUUAAAUGGUAUGAAUGCGAAAAAUGUACGUACAAAUCCAAAGAUAAGUCGUGUUGGUAUAAACACGUGAGUGUGUACCAUGUGGAUGAAAAGGAUGUUAAAUGGCACGAGUGCGAAAAGUGCCCGUACAAAACCAGGUAUAGUUCUCAUUUGAAAAGGCACUCAAGUCGGCGCCAUUUGAACGAACUGAAAAUAAAGUAGGGUGAUAAUGCUCUUUGUGUAACUAGAGAGACAAAAAUUGUGUAAAUUUUAAUAGAUGUGACUCCA